AUGGAGACAAGUGUCUGCUCAUCACCACCCAAAUCUAGGGCCAGGAAAAGAGAGUAUGAUUACUAUGAAAAGAGUCAUCGGAAGUACGCAAAAAAGGUGAAGAAAAGUCUAUUCUUAGCCAUUGAAAAAAGAGACCUUGAACAUUUCGCCAAAAUCGUUAAUACGCGAGUCCAAGUGACAACUUGCAGUGGCAAAAAGAUUAUCCAGAAAGCUUUCAUUAAAGCUUGUCGUGCAGGUGAAACAAACAUCGUCCGAUUUCUGCUCCGUAACGGGGCUGAGGUCAACGAGAGAUCGAAAGGUGACCUCACGCCUAUCAUGGCCGCAGUUCUGUCUAACUCUUACGACACGGUUGAAUUCUUGCUCGAAUGUAGAGCUAAGAUCAGAACCCGUUUAAAGCCUACACAAGACAGCGUACUCCAUAUGGCUUUAAAGAGAGGAUUUUAUCAUAGCGAUAUCGUAGGUUCAGAAAACUGGGACCCUACAUUUUUCAUCGACACUAAAAUAAUCAAACUUCUAAUUGACAAUGGAGCUUCAGUUAACCAGAAAUGUAAAGACGGUUACCUGCCCUUGUCGCUUGCUGCCUCUUCCAACAGGGAUGCAGUCAUCACUCACCUCAUUAAGAAAGGCGCUGAUGUCGACAGAGUGGACAGUAGAUAUGAGAUGACUCCCUUGAUGCACGCAGCUAUGGCAGGCAAUGUCUACAUCGUGAGACAGCUUCUGAAGUACAACGUAGACAUGGACAUCACAGACAAAUGGGACUAUACGGCUCUCAUGUUGGCUGCACAGUUCAAAAAGCCUUUAGUUGUCUCAGCUUUAAUUCAAGAAGGCGCUGAUGUCAACAUGGUCAGUGACUAUGAUGGAAAGAACGCCUUAAUUUUGGCUACACAGUCCAACUGUUUUGAUUCCGUCAAUAGUCUUCUGGAAAAUGGAGCAGACGUGAACUACAGAAAGCCAAAGCGAGGCACAACCGCCUUGAUGAUCGCAGCUAAAAAAGGACUCGUCGAUGUCGUGGACACUUUACUCUACUACAAUGCAGAUGUUGACCUGAGAGACGAGGAUGGAAAGACAGCGGUGUGUUUGUGUUCAGAUGAUGAGAUUGUGGAUUUGAUAAAAAGACCAUUUUAG